GGCGCGGGUCGAAUCCACCUCUCGCGGGAUCCAGGCCCAGCUCGACGGCAACUCUCUCCUCGACGCUUCGCCGUCGCCAUGGUUCACUUCUUGCACCCGGGCCUUUCGCCCCGGACCAUCGUCCCCCCGGACGCUCGGAAGGAUAUGCUAGGCUGCCUCGUGGUGCAGGAGGAGGCAUCUCCCUACUCUUUGGUCAACAUAUGCCUGAACAUUCUGGUUGCUAACCUGGAGAAAUUGUGUUCUGAAAGAUCUGAUGGAACACUUUGUCUUCCGGAGCAUUGGAGUUUUCCUCAGGAAUUAGCUGAUCGAUUCGUUGGGAUGAUGACUUGGCAAGGCAAGCUGACUGAUAGAACAGCAAGCAUUUUCCAAGGCAACCAAAUGAAACUGAAGCUGGUCAACAUUCAGAAAGCUAAAAUAUCCACAGCUGCAUUCCUAAAAGCCUUCUGCCAUCACAGACUCAUUGAACUGGAUGCUACUGCAGCACGUACUGACCUCUCAAUCCCAGACAUCCUCAGUGGUCUCUGCAGCAAUAGCUGGAUCCAAGAAAACCUCCGACGUCUCGUCUUGGACUCAGCAAGCAUCCCUCGAGAUUCAAGAAUGUUGUUCUUUGGUCAGCUCACUGGUCUUCGCGUUUUAAGCGUUUUCAAUGUUUGUUUUCAUAGUGAAGACCUGGUUAAUGUUUCGCAGUUACCAAAACUGGAAAGCUUGGAUAUCUCUAAUACUCUGGUCACUAACAUCUCUGCACUCCUUACCUGUAAGGAUCGACUCAGAUCUCUUACAAUGCACUAUCUAAAAUGUCUGACCAUGACCAAACCACAGAUUCUCGCAGUCAUUAGAGAACUUAAAUGUCUGCUUCACCUUGAUAUUUCUGAUCACAGGCAACUCAAGUCAGAUCUAGCUUUUCAUUUGCUACAGCAGAAAGAUAUUCUGCCCAAUAUUGAGUCCCUGGACAUUUCUGGGGGUAAUUACAUCACUGAUGGAGCUGUAGAACUAUUUAUACAACAACGGCCUGCGAUGCAAUUUGUGGGACUGUUGGCUACAGAUGCUGGUUAUUCUGACUUCUUUUCUGCAAAGGAAGGCUUGAGGGUUGCUGGGGGAGCCAACAUAAGCCAGAUUUCAGAGGCGCUGAGCUGCUACAGGAAUAGGUCGUGUUUCGUGAAGGAAGCCCUCUGCAGGCUCUUCACAGAGACAUUUUCAACGGAAGUAACCAUGCCUGCUAUUUUAAAGCUUGUGGCUGUAGGAAUGAGGAAUCAUCCAUUGGAUUUGCCAGUGCAGUUCACAGCCAGCGCUUGUGCCCUCAACUUAACACGCCAGGGCCUGGCCAGGGGGAUGCCUGUUCGUCUGUUGUCAGAGGUUACCUGUCUACUUUUCAAGGCUUUGAAAACUUUCCCCCAUUACCAGCAGUUACAGAAGAAUUGUCUUCUCUCCUUAACCAAUUCCAGGAUUCUUGUGGAUGUUCCAUUCAAUAGGUUCGAUGCUGCCAAGUUUGUUAUGAGAUGGCUCUGUAAGCAUGAAGACCCCAAGAUGCAAGCCAUGGCAGUGAGCAUAAUCUCUAUUCUUGCCCUGCAGCUCUCACCUGAGCAAACUGCACAACUUAAAGAGGAGGUUUUCAUGGCAGUUAAGGAACUUCUAGCAAUAGUAAAACAAAAGACUGCUGAGAGUCUAGAUGAUGUCACCCUCUUGUUUACUUUGAAAGCACUUUGGAAUCUUACAGAACAAUCUCGAGCUGCUUGUAGGCACUUUAUUGAAAAUCAAGGAUUGGCAAUCUUCAUCCAAGUCUUAGAGACUUUUUCAGAGACAGCAAUACAAAGCAAAGUACUUGGUCUUUUGAACAACAUUGCUGAAGUCAGAGAACUCUUUUCCAAGCUGAUUACUGAAGAUGUGGUAAAGCAUAUCAGCAGCUUGCUCCAUAGCAAGGAAUUGGAAGUCAGCUAUUUAGCUGCAGGCAUCAUUGCUCACCUGACAUCUGACAAACAGCCCUGGAUAUCAUGUGACCUCCAGAGGAGAGCGCUUCUCCAGGAUCUGUAUACAACCAUCCAGAAUUGGCCAAGUUCAAGUUGUAAGAUGACAGCUUUGAUCACUUAUAGAUCCUUCAAGGCAUUUUUCCCGCUCCUUGGCAACUUUUCUCAACCAGAAGUUCAGCUCUGGGCACUAUGGGCCAUGUAUCAUGUCUGCAGUAAAAACCGCAAGCACUGUUUAUUAGCUGCCUAUAACUGUCCUUCCAGGUAAUUUUCUGUAUAUAUGCUAUAGUUAUUAUAUGCUGUACAUGCAUAUGUUUUUAGACAAAAUGGGCUCAUUCUGUGCGUGUUAUCUUAUAGCUUUCUCUUUUUCACUGAAUAGUUUAUCAUAAUACUAUCUUUCCUAUAAGUAAUACAUAGAUUUGCCUCUUUGUAGUGGUUUGUGGGAGACUGGGGGGCCAGAUGUCAGGAGUUGUUUCUCAGGCAAAUUAAAUGUUCUUCCACAUUUGUUGCUUUAAAUUCCUCUUGGGAAUUCUUGGCUUUUUUCUUUGCUAAGAAUACUACUAAAAUUUUUGCUUGUAUUAUAAAAGAAUUAUAGACUUUAAUUCUGUAUAAAAGAAUUAAAGAAUUUGUAUUAUAAAAGGAAUUAUAGACUAUAAUUUUAUGCUGAAAAAUCUAAAGGUAUAACUUUUAGAAUUAAUGAAAUGUUUAACUAUCAAAAGUAUAAACUAUCUUAAAAUAGCUUUAACAAGUAUUGGGACCAAUGUGCAAAAAAAUCUAGGAAAUAAUUUAUAGACUGAAAUAAUUAUGGACAUAUUAUACUCCUCAGUUCUUUUCUAUUCACAUAUAUAAUACAGUUCAAGUGAAUGAGUACAGUAAGUGAUGAGGAAUUUGAAGGUUAUUCUAAAGCUAAAGUGACAGAAUAAUUAGGAAAGAACUGAUAGAGAAAAAUGGUUUUUAGGAGCUUGCCCUAACACUUCUCUUCAUUUUUGGCUACACCCACAGCAUGUGAGAUCUUAAUUCCCCCAGGAGGUAUUGAGCCCGGGCCCCUACAGUGCAAUCUUGGAGUCCUAACCAGUGGACCACCAGGGGAAAAAACACACACACACACACACACACACACACACACUGUAUAUAUUUAGCAAAGAUGCAUCUAUCUGGUGAUUAAGAGAACAGACCCCAGAACCAGACUAUUUGAACUUUACUCCCUUUCUCCAUUUACUAACUGUGGGAGCUUGAGCAAGUUACUUAACCUUUCUGUGCCCCAGUUUCCUCAUCUGUAAAAUGGGGAUCCAAGUAUCUGUUCUAUAGGACUGUUAUGAGAAUUAAAUGAGUUAACAUUUGCAAAGCAUAUAAACAUUGCUUGGCUUAUAGUAUUAGCAUUUGCACAUAGUAUACUAUUAGUACAAGCAUAGUACACAGUAUUUGUUAAAUACAUCACUUUAUGAGUAUAAUCUGCAGAGCUGAGUCAAAAUAUUAUGAAUGUUUAUAAUUUUGGUGGGUAUUGUUAAAUUGUGUUCCAGAGAGUUGAUUACCGGUUUGCAUUCCUAUCAGCAAUAUAUGAGAGCUUGCAGUUUUCUUUUAUUCUUGCAAAAACUUUUUAGUUGAAUUUUUGAUCUUUGCCAAUCUGAGGUGAAAGUGAUUCUAACUUGACAUUUAUUUUAAGUAAGGUUAACUGUCUUUUCUUACAUUUGGAUUGUCUGUUGGUUUCCGUUGCUUGCUUUUUGUUUACUGUUUUUUUGAUCUUUUUCUUUUUAAUUUGAAGGAACUCUUCCAAAUAUUUUUUUCCAGUGUAUUGUCUUGAUUUUAUUCAUUGUUUUUGCUAGUCAUUAUUUUGUUUUAUGGCCUCUGGAUUUCAGAUCAUGGUUAUACCUUACAAAGUCAAUGAACAUUUUCAGAAAUUUUCUUUGAAAAUAUUACCCUCCAGCUAUUCUAUUCCUUUCUUAUAACAUUUAUCAGAAAUAUCUUAUACCUUCUCUCAAUCAGUCCUACAUAUCUUGUAACCAUUACAAAGAAAAAGUAUCCAUGUCUUUGUUUCUUUUUACUGCAUUCUUGGUUGUCUUGUUGUGUGUUUUUUUUCUUUUUAAGAUUUU